GACCAUUCCGUCAACCAAGUAACGACGAAGCAAUUGCAAUUGACCUCGCCAGGAUGAGGCCAACAGCUCGUGUGUUUGCGCGCUACCUAGAGGCCGGUACUCCCACCGGUCUCACUGGUCUCUGGACUCAUGCUACGCCCCGAUCGACCCUCCUCUAUCUGUACGGCACAACCCUCAGCAAGCUCCAGAGCAUCCCCGAGACCUCCAUGUACCGCCAAUCCGUCGAGGCUGUCACCAAGCAACGCAUGUCCCUCGUCGAGCAGAUGAUUCCUCCAGGCUACAAUGAGUGGGCGGUGCGCGCCAAGGAGCUCGUCAGCAAGAACUCCUCUCAGUUCCGAGUGGCCAGCGGCCGCGUUGACGGCAGCGAGGCUCAUACUGUUAAGCUGGGCGACAAGAUCUUUGUGGUGGGCCGAAAGCACGAGGCGGGCGAUAUCCGAGUCGAGGAGUGGAAUGGUGAGGAGGAUGAGGGUCCUGAAUACGAGGGAAUUCGAACACAAAAGGAGCGAGAGGACCAGGUUACCUGGGCGGAGCGCAAGCCUCUUGAGGAUCACGAGAAGAUUGAGUGGGAGGAUGAGCCUCAGAUGACUGCCGACCAAGUUCACGAGCUCGAGCAGAAGAUCGGAGCUGGCCUUAUUGAGGAAGUUAUUCAAGUCGCCGAGGGCGAGCUUAAGCUAGUUGAGACCAUGGAGAAGACCAAGGUCUGGGAGGAUCUCGAGGAGAAGCCCGCCCCUGAUGCCGAUUUUUCAAGCUCACUGCCCCAAAGCUCCAUCAACCCUCUCAGUCAUUCUCCUGGCGUAGUUGCCCAGUUCGCAAUCGCCGGCCUCUCAGAAAAGGAUGAGAACCCUUCACAACGCAUACGAGACUUUCCGCAUCGCGGUAUUUCAUCAAACGAGGCUUUUGCUAUUGAAGCUGAGAGCGAUGAAGAUCCAGAGACAGAAGGAGACGAAGCAGCGCGUCCAAAGUCUAAGAAAACCACAAGCCGUAAACGGGGCGGUCAUUUCGAUGUCCUCUUAGAGUCUAUUCACUACUUUCUUGAUAGAGGAGAAAUAAAUAAGGCGUCUCGUGCGUAUGGUCUAAUUCUGCAACUACGUCCGUCUGGCCUCCCUGUCGAUACCCGGCAUCACGAUCUCUGGGCUAUUGGUGCAGAGAUUCUCAUGCGUGAGGGGGAAGAGAGUUUACAACAAGAUGAAAAGUCACAUGAGAAUCAACCAACGUCAACGAAGAGAUGGGGCCGGGCUGCCAAUAUGAACAAGGUCAAAGCCUACUUCGACACCCUCAUCCAGCAGCAUCCCUAUGACUACAAGACCCCCAAGGUCGUCUCAGCCUUGGACUUCUGGAUUGCUCUGUUUAGCUGCGAAAUCUACAAUACGCAUACAGAGCACGUACUGGCCCUGGAUCGGCUGGGGAACGAGAUCGAUAAAGGCCCUCGCCGGGAGUCUUUCGGCAAUGAUGAAAGCAUCGCAAGUGACGAAACAGACAGCGUUGAAGCCAGGAAACUUCAGAAGAAGGACGAGCUGCGAGUCCAGGCAUUAUCCAUCAUGAAGGAUAUCACAAAGAGGAUGGAUUCUCGCAGUUUCAGGCUGAAGAAGGGCAGAAAGCAAGACGAAGGGAACAAGAGAGUGCCAGAAACCAACUGGAGAGAAUAA